AACUACAACUACUCCUACGAGACUCUCUACAAAGGAAGACUAACUCAUUUGAUCCAGACUGAUUCCCUCACUGACUACUCCGAAGGACUACCUCUCUCUCUCUCUCUCUCUCUUUCCUGAUCUAUUUUGACGACCACGUGGAUUGGAGGUGUUGACUGGUAUUUCGCCAUUUAUCUUAGCUUUUAAAGCUAAGAGGCAACUACUUCUCUCAGUCACUACAGACCAUCUUUGUUCUUGUGCACUCUUACUAAACAUCAGAAUAUCAUAUUAGAUUACUACUAUUGAUCUCUCUGCCACCACUAUACUCAACUCCCAUUUCCUAUUUCUUUUACUCUCUUGAUCUUUAUUUGGUUAAACUAUAGAAUUCAAAACCCACCUGCCAACUUGUCCACUACAUUGAAUCUUUGUGAGUAACAAGUUCUAUACUCACCAAACAGAGAUCAUAAAGAGAGAUGCAUCGAUGCAGCAGCUCUCGUAGCAAUACCAUGGCUCCAUGUUCAUGUGGGCUUUUCCAUCCUCAAGGGAAUUGCUUCUCUGUGUUAUUCUCCAUGCCCAAUAACCACAAUCCUAUCGAUGAACCAGACUCUUACAACACCAUACCAUCGCCUUCAUCAUCCUCUGUCGAUUGCACCCUCUCUUUGGGUACUCCUUCAACUCGCCAAACCAAAGACAAGUCCAUGGGCAAUCACCACCGACGCUCUAUGUCCAAUCUUUGCUGGGAUAUAUUCCAGACCAACAAGUCUCAUUCAUCAACAUCAACCACACACAAAAGCAGCAGCCGUGGAGGCAAUAGCAACAACGGAAACAUACUUAACUUGAAUGGAGAUCCUCUCUUUGCUCGAAGAUGCGCCAACUGCGAUACAACAUCCACUCCUCUUUGGAGAAACGGUCCGAGAGGUCCCAAGUCGCUAUGCAAUGCUUGUGGAAUCCGUUACAAGAAGGAAGAGAGGAGGGCAACCAGUACAACAGUCACUAACACGGGUGCAGCCACAGCGGGGAUGAUGGAGUCACAGUACCUAAUGAGCCAAAACCACCAACACCAUUCUUGGGGUCACCACGCACAGAGCCAGAAGGUGACUUCCAUGUCACCUGCUGCUCUGGGGAAUGAAUUCAGGUUCAUCGAAGAUGACGAUGACCGAGACUCUAGCACCACCGGCAUCCCUUUCCUUUCUUGGCGUCUCAACGUUCCCGACAGGCACAGCUUCGUUCAUGAGUUCACAUGAUUGGUUUGAUUUGAUGCAACAGAUAUGGUGAUCAUGGUGGCUGAUCAUCAUAUACUUUUCUCCUCUUUAACCUUUUAUUAAUUACUACUUUAGGAAUCUAUAUAAUUUCUCUUGUUGCUUCUUCUUCUUUCAUGUUUAUCACCUACAUGGGAUGAUGUACACCGUCGACUGUUACUUCAUCUGAUGAAGUCAGAAAUGAUUACUCUACAGUUUGUUCAACUUAGAAGU